GGCGAUGUUUGCGGCCGGCCCCGGGGUGGGGAGUUGCGCGCCGGUCCCUGGGCCUGGGCUCCGGCGCCUGCGAUGUCUCAAGAUGGCGGAGCUGGGCGAGUUAAAGCACAUGGUGAUGAGUUUCCGGGUGUCUGAGCUCCAGGUGCUUCUGGGCUUUGCAGGACGCAACAAGAGUGGGAGGAAACACGAACUACUGACCAAGGCCCUGCAGCUUCUCAAGUCUGGCUGUGGCCCCAGCGUCCAGAUGAAGAUCAAAGAACUUUACCGACGCCGCUUCCCCCGGAAGGCCCUCGUCCCUUCGGAGCUCUCACUGCUCUUGCCCCCAGGAGCUCCGCCCAUCGUUCCUCCUGGCCCCCUGCCCCCUGCCCCCUCCAGCCUCCUGCCUUCAGGACCCCUCCUGGGGGGGCCCAAACGUGAGGCUGAUGUCCAUCCUUCCCUGCCCCAGCCAGUCCACCCUGAUGUCACCAUGAGGCCGCUACCUUUCUAUGACAUAUACGGGGAACUCAUCCGGCCCACCACUCUCGCAUCCACAAACAGCCAGAGGUUUGAGGAGGCUCAUUUCACUUUCGCAUUGACGCCACAGCAAGUGCAGCAGAUCCUCUCCUCAAGGGAUGUCCUGCCUGGGGCCAAGUGCGACUAUACAGUACAGGUCCAGCUCAGGUUCUGUCUCUGUGAGACCAGUUGCCCCCAGGAAGAUUAUUUUCCUCCUAACCUCUUUGUCAAGGUUAAUGGGAAACUGUGUCCCCUGCCGGGUUAUCUUCCCCCGACCAAGAAUGGGGCUGAACCCAAAAGACCCAGCCGACCUAUCAACAUCACAUCCUUAGUCCGACUUUCAGCCACUGUCCCCAAUACUAUUGUGGUCAACUGGUCGUCUGAGUUUGGACGGAAUUAUUCGCUGUCGGUGUACCUAGUGAGGCAGCUGACCUCAGUGACGCUGCUGCAGAAACUGAGAGCAAAGGGCAUCCGCAACCCAGACCACUCUCGGGCACUGAUCAAGGAGAAGCUGACCGCCGACCCUGACAGUGAGGUGGCCACCACCAGCCUGCGGGUGUCACUCAUGUGCCCGUUAGGGAAGAUGCGCCUGGCUGUGCCGUGCCGGGCCCUCACCUGUGCCCACCUACAGAGCUUCGACGCUGCCCUCUACCUGCAGAUGAACGAGAAGAAGCCCACGUGGACGUGCCCUGUGUGUGACAAGAAGGCUCCCUACGAAUCCCUGGUCAUAGAUGGAUUGUUCAUGGAGAUUCUGAAUUCGUGCACUGACUGUGAUGAGAUCCAGUUCAUGGAAGAUGGAUCCUGGUGCCCAAUGAGGCCCAAGAAGGAGCCACCGGAGGUUUGCCCCACAACAGGCUAUGGCUUAGAUGGUCCCCCCUUUGGCCCUGGCCCUGAGGGCAAGCCUCCCGAGACCAAGAAGAAAAUCGAAGUUAUUGACUUGACACUUGACAGCUCUUCAGAUGAGGAAGACCUGCCCCCUCCUAAGAAGCACUGCCCAGUCACCUCGGCGGCCAUCCCUGGUCCCCCUGGAGGCAAAGGAGUACUGGCUACCAGUCACCAGCCAUCAUCUGUGCUCCGGAGCCCAGCUAUGGGCACCCUGGGCAGUGACUUCCUAUCCGGCCUCCCUCUUCCCGAGUACCCACCAGCCUUUCCACUGGGGGCCGAAAUCCAGGGUUUGGACUUAUUUACUUUCUUUCAGAAUGAGAGUCAGCACUACAGUCCUUCGGUCAUCACCUCAAUAGACGAGCAGGAUACCCUUGGCCAUUUCUUCCAGUACCGGGGCACCCCUUCCCACUUCUUGGGUCCACUGGCUCCCGUUCUGGGGAGCUCUCACCGAGGAUCUCCUCCAGCACCGCCUCCUGGCCGGGUCAGCAGCAUUGUGGCCCCCGGAGGGGCCCUGAGAGAUGGACACGGGGGACCCCUGCCUCCAGGGUCUUCUCUGACCGGUUGUCGGCCGGACAUUAUUUCCCUGGACUGAAACUCCGGGAUUCUGGACCUCCUCACCCACUUCUGGCACCAAGUGGGGACCGCAGGGGAGCCCUGUCCCUCAGCCCCUCAACUGAUUCCCUUGGGGUUUGUGGCCAGAGGCUACAAACAGAAACUCGUGGACACACGUUCUUGGCCCCCUCUCUGCCCGGACUCGCACCCAAAGGGUUAAUAUUUAACCUCUUUAAAAAAGACAUUUUGGGUUUAUUUUUGGAAAUGCUCUUCAGAUGGAGACAUGUAAGCCAAGAAGGGGCAGAGAGAUGUAAGAAUUGUGCCUAAAAGUUGGGCCUAAAAGAUUUUCCAUUCUUUUCUUCCUUUCCCCAAUCGCUCCGUGCCUCAGGUCUAACUCUGAAGCAGCCGGAGUGGGAGGGGGAAUGUGUGGAUGGAUGGAUAAGAGAUGUCAAUUGGUCCCCCUUAAAACACCUGAUAGUUCUCCUAUGUCCAUUUGUUCCCCUUCCACAUAUGGGACAGACAAAUGGAGAGAAAAAGACAGGGCUUGAGAUCUCUAUUUUCAGUUGCAGCUUUUUGUACAUAAAUGAGAAAAACCAAAAAAACUCCAAAGAUGAUGACCCUUAGCCCAUUCUCAGUCUGACUGAGGACGGGAUGAGGAGAUCUACCUCCUCUGCCUCUCUAAAGAUGGAUGGGAGAGGAGGUAGUUUUGUCCCGUUGCCUGGCUCUCUAUUUAUAUAUAAAUAAUAAAAAGUAUAAAUAUAUAUAUAUUUAAGUUGAUGAUGAUUCCCCAAGGUCUCCCUAUCCUGGGGCCUGAGUUUCCAAAGGGAACCAUAGUUUUAGAGUUAUGGUCAUGGAACUCAUUCUGCACCUUUUGGGAGGGGGCAUUCAGUCCCCUUCCCCUAAAUUCACCUUUCCCUCUUUUAUGAACCUUUCUUUUAAUUUAAUUUCAUAUUUCCAAAAUUGUAGCAAUGUUCUCACCGACAAUAAAGGUUGUGAAUCCCA